AUGGAUAAAAAGUCUUCCCAAGGUCUUGAUCGGGUCGAGCCCGUUAACCGUGCCCCCUCGGUCAGCAGAGGGUCUAUCAUCGAUGCUGACGACAGGCGUCUUCGCGCCCAGGGGCACAAAGCAGAACUCGAGAGAUCUUUCUCCUGGCUGGGUGCACUUUCUCUGGCAUACAGUAUCUCGAACUCGUGGCUCACAUACGCUUCGUCCUUCGGCCUCGUGCUCAUCUAUGGAGGCGGCAUCACUACUUUGUUUGCCCUCUUUAUCGCCGCUGCCGCUCAGUGGAUCGUCUUCCUCGGACUGGCUGAGCUAUGCUCUGCGUUUCCAUCUUCGGGUGGACAAUACCACUUUACAUACAUCGUCGCGUCGCCGAAAACUCGCAACUUUGGCGCCUUUGUCACAGGGUCGAUCAAUAUUCUUGCGUGGUGGAUCACCACAUGCUCUGGUCUGAUCUAUACGGCCAUUUCUGCCUUUGGAUGUGCGGCAGCUUGGUUUCCAGACUUUGCACAGCAGCGAUAUCAGGUCUACCUUUGCUACCUGGGCGUUACUCUUCUGUCGCUAAUUCCAAUUUACACGAUCAAGCAGCGACACCUCGACUUCAUGACCGAAUCGACUACGGGCUUCUCUCUUGUUGGAAUGGUACUUACCAUUGCAGUAUGCUUAGGCAUGGCUGAUGGAGAUUACGCUCCGGGCACAAUUAUACUCGAGAAUCGUGGCAUCAGCGGCUGGAAUACUGGGACAGGCUGGCUCCUCUCCAUUGCUGCUGCACUCUACUGUUUCGCCGCAAAUGGUGCUGUUACACAUAUCGCCGAGGAGCUACCUAACCCAGGUCGCAAGCUUCCCCAAGUCCUGAACAUGAGCAUGGUCAUGGGUAUAGUCAUUGUCACCCCUUGGACUGUUGCUAUGCUCUAUUCCAUCAAAGACUUGAACGCCGUCCAGAGUUCCUUUCUUCCUAGCUUUGAGGUCUUUUACCAGGCCACUGGUAGCAAAGCUGCUGCAACUGGCCUGCAAGCUCACCUCACGUUUCUUUACUAUACGUGCAUCCCAAGCCAGUGGGUUACGUGCAGUCGUAUCACCUGGGCAUUUGCUCGCGAUCAAGGACUUCCAUUCGCUGAAUAUUGGCAGCAUAUUGACCCAAAGCGCGGCAUUCCUUGGAGAACAACUCUUCUUUCAGCCGCAUUCUGCGCUCUCUACGGCUUGAUCUAUGUCGCAAGCACAACAGCCUUCAACUCAAUUAUCAAUGCAACCUGCCUUAUGCUGAACCUUUCAUACGUUAUCCCUCAGGGAGUCUUGCUCACCCAAGGUCGCGAUAAGUUGCCAAGGCGUGCCUUCAGUCUUGGUAAGCUCGGUUAUGCAGUGAACCUGUACUCGGUUGUGUUUAUGAUCGUGAUUGGUGUCGUGUUCUGUCUUCCGCAGACCAAUCCGACAACUGCCGGGUCUAUGAACUAUAACGCCCCCGUUGUUGUCGGUCUCUUCACGAUCGUUUGCCUCCUGUGGAUUGAACGGCGAUCCAAAUUCAAUGGCCCUCAAAUUGACUGGGACUUGCUCAACGAAGCCAACGAGGAGGACUGA